GUGACGUAUUAUUUGUGAGACCACUCUCUUUCCGUUGACUUCUGCGCUGCGAUUAUAAAAACAAACUUUUAAUUGUUGUCCUUAGUUAAAAGGCCCCAUGUCUUUGUGCAUACUCACAGAGGAUGUCUGGUGCAGCACUGCGUUUGAUUCACUGUCGAAAGCUGAGUUCAACAACAGGGUCUGAAGCUUUUCAAUGGAGAAACUUGAUUAGAAAAGUAGCCAAAGUAACAGGUGCAGUUGUCUUGGGUGGCUGUCUCUUCAUCACAUAUGAAGUGGCUGCUUUGGACAAGGCUAUAACUAUUGACACUAGUGCUGUUGUCAAAGAGAAAUACAAAUCGUAUAUCUAUCUUAAAGGAGUCUCUUCAGAAGAAAAAGACAACUUCGCUGCAGAACUUACACAAAAAGCAAGAAAGGAGCUACAUAAAGCAGCACGGCGUUUCUUAGAAGUGUCUUCUUGGCUCUUUCAACAGUCUCUUGAUGAGCAUUUUCGCCAUGUGGAUGCUGACCCACAUGAGGUGGCUUUAUGGGUCCUCCUGAAAAAGGCAAAAUCAGCCAACAAAGCUGUUCGUCUGCAGGCUGUUCAGGAACUUGGAGAAAAUCACAACUGGCAUGAUUAUCAGUAUCAAACAGCAGCUCAGGUUAUAGACCAGCGAACAGCAGUGGGUUUGGCCAGGACUCCUCAGGUUGACCUGCGCUUCUUCAGGCCACCACCAGCCCUUUUAAACGCUCAGGAGGAUGUGUCUGCAGAAGAUGGACUGAGGCAGCUGUUGGGCUCUCUGCCUCAGUCAGAGGUGGACAAAUGUGUUCAAUACUUUACUUCUCUGGCUCUCCGGGAGAGCACUCAGUCUUUGGCAGCACAACGGGGAGGACUAUGGUGUUUUGGUGGUAAUGGACUGCCCUAUGCCCAGAGCCUGACUUCAGUCCCUUCUGAAAAGGUGGAGUCCUUUUGUUUACAAGCUUUGGUGCAACAUUCAAAGGUUCAGAGUCACUGUGGUCCUAUUGUUAAAAAUGGGGGCCUGCAUCUGCUUGAGAAAAUUUUCCAGCUUCGCAAAGAUUCACUUAAAAUUCAAAGAAAUAUUGUUCGCAUCAUAGGAAAUUUGGCAAUUAAUGAGAGCCUUCACCAAGACAUUGUACAGUCUGGGUGGGUGUCUGUCUUGGCUGAAAUGAUGCAGUCCCCUCAUGUCAUGCAAGCCUCCCAUGCAGCCCGUGCUCUUGCCAACUUGGAUAGGGAAACAGUUAUGGAGAAAUACCAGGAUGGGAUAUAUGUUCUCCAUCCCCAAACACGCGGCAAUCAGGAUAUCAAAGCAGAUGUACUCUUCAUUCAUGGGAUUUUAGGUGCAGCUUUUAAAACAUGGCGACAGAAAGACCGUAGUAACUCAUCUGAGGAUGAUGACAUGGAGCAUAGAAAUGACUACACAGAGUGCUGGCCCAAAUCUUGGCUGGCAGCAGAUUGCCCUAAUAUUAGAGUGUUAUCUGUGGAUUAUGACACUCAUCUCAGUGACUGGAUGUCCAAGUGCCCUGCUGAGGAUCAGAGGAAGUCAUUAGCCUACAGGAGCCAGGAACUGCUGAAAAAGUUGCAGCAGGCUGGAGUUGGACAAAGACCAGUGGUCUGGGUCGCCCACAGUAUGGGAGGGCUGCUUGUCAAGAAAAUGCUGCUUAACGCUGCAGAGGACCCAAACAUGCAAGAGUUGCUAAAAAACACCAAAGGCAUUUUAUUUUAUAGCGUCCCUCAUCGUGGCACCUACAUGGCUGAGUACUCGAUCAAUGUCAGAUAUCUGCUGUUUCCUUCAAUAGAAGUCAGGGAGCUAUGCAGAGACUCUCCAGCACUCUGUAACCUUAAUGAGGGCUUUUUGAACAUAGUCAAAAAAAGGGACAUUCAAGUUCUUAGUUUUGCUGAGACCCUUCCUACUAUCAUUGGACCUAUGAUCAAAAUACUGGUGGUGCCAACGCAAUCAGCAGAUCUUGGCAUUGGAGAGCUCAUUGAGGUGGAUGUCGAUCAUCUGAACAUCUGUAAGCCAGAGAAGAAGAACUCGUUUCUAUACAGACGAAGCCUCCAGUUUAUUCAGGAAGCACUGCACAAAUACAUCAACUCCUAAUAUGAAUGCCAGACAUUAAAUCAGUUUACCUUAAGCAGGGGAAGCCCUUUGCCUCAAACCACUGUAACCUGCCUCUUGGGGUUGUGCAUAUAAAUGUAUGACUUUGGCCCCGUUUCAGGAAGCAGGUUUAGUCCAGAUCAACUCAGAGUGUUUAGUUUCACAUAGAGAGUUAACCUAAACUUAAACCUCAAGUCAGUCACCAUGGUAACCUAAUCUGACAGGUUUAUUUCACUAACCCAGUGUUUAACUUGUGUCCAUUCCUGAAGGAGAGCUCUGAUUGGACAGUUCACUUCCCCCUUCACUGAUGUAGGAACAGUUCAAUUCUCAUCAUUAUACUUAGUUUUACCUUCAAUUUAAAUUAUUUUCCACAUUUAUAUGUUUUGUUUCAGUUUGUAAUUUAUAAUAUAACACAAAUAACUGCAUAUGAUAACUUCUUAAAUUUUUUGGUGAAGUUUAUCAGCUUGAUAUCAAGCAAAUAGAUCAAUUUACUUGAUUGUUGUUUGUAAAUGUAUUUAAUAUCACAUAUAAAAGUACAGUUUAUGUCUCCAAAUACUCACAUAUAUAUAAUAUAUAUGACCUUCCUACAAAAGCACAUGUGUGAAAAAUAAAUCAUGGGUUUUAAUGUUUUUUUGCAUCAUACUAAUUAUUAACUUUAAUUUAACUUGUCCACACAAUGUAUUGCCCUCAUAAAUCUCUUUGCAAAUGAUCAACUUUGCAUGCAUGUCCCUUGAAGAUGAAAGCUUCCUCUAGUUUGCCGUUGUCAUGGUGAAUGCUCUUUUCUGGGAUCCGCUGAUCAUGGCAUUUCUCCUUAGCUAAACUUCAGACUUGGAGUGGUCUAACUCUACUCCAAACCUGUUUUCUGAAACAGGAAACUGAGUGGCACCUGUUUGAAUUGGAUAACUGAGUCAGGAAAUAAACUCGGUGUUAAUUCGACCUGCUUUAUGAAACAGGGCCAUCUACAUUUGUGUAUGUAGUGUGUACAUUCUAUUGUAAAUACUAAACCUAAAAUACUACUUGGGGUGCUUUUCUACUAGGAUGCCAUUUUCUUCGUGUAUAAACAGCUGGUCCUCUUUAUUGCAUAGCCAACUGAUUGCAGUUCUGUACCCUGUUUUAAAUGGCUUAUUUGGUCAGAAAAUAAAUCUAAUUGUGCAGAGUCAUAGUCAUCAAUUUAUGACCUUGACUGCAUGACAUG